AUGGGUGUCGGUCGUCGCAUGAAGAAGCAGGGCCCUCCUGAGCCAUUGUCAGAAGAACACUUUGCGAAAUUAAAGCGAAAGGCUGGUCUACCUGUAGAUGACGUUCCCACCGACGCACCGAACAAGAAGAAGCGGAAAACUGCGACCGAAUCAGCUUCUAAGUCCAAUGGCGCUGGUGCAAAGAAGGCUGCUCCUAAAGCCAAUGGAAAAUCCAAUGGUGUGAAGGCCGUCCCAGCGCCCAAGCAAAAUGGAAAAAACAACAGGUCGAAAGCAAAGAAGCCUGCUCCCGUGCCAGAGUCCGAUGAAGAGCUUAGUGAUGGCCUUGGUGAUGGGCUGAGCGGCUCCGAGCCGGACGGUGACGAAUUCUCCGGUCUGGAGGAUGACGAGAUGGGCGGCCUAGGAGACGACUUUAUUGGGUCAGAUGAUUCCGUCUUUGACUCUGAUGCAGAGGACCAGAGGGAGCGAAAGGCUAUGUUCUCAGAGGAUGAAGAUGAUUCGGAUGCUGAAGAGAAGUUGACGGCUGCAAACAUCGUCGGUCUAUCAAAUAAGCUAGACAGGGAAAAGGCUCAAGAGGAGGCGGAGGCGCAAGCAGAAUUGGAAGAAGCAGCACUCCAGACUAACAUUGAGCGACCGCAUGUCAUCGACGAUGAGGAAGAGGAUGAUUUAGCAUUAAAGACAAAGGCUCUCUUGGCCCCGGAUCUGCAAUUACUAAGAACAAGAAUUACGGACACGAUACGUGUCUUAGACGACUUUGCGAACGCAGCGGAGGAGGGCAGGUCUAGAACCGAAUACACGACACAAUUGCUAAAGGACAUAUGCGCCUACUACGGUUACUCGGAAUAUCUUGCCGAAAAGCUUAUGAACCUAUUCCCAGCAAGAGAAGCUUUCGCGUUCUUCGAGGCUAACGAGACUGCGCGACCUGUCGUCAUCCGAACUAACACUCUACGAACGCAUCGCCGAGACUUAGCUCAGGCCCUGAUAAAUCGCGGUGUCACUCUAGAGCCUCAACGUUCCGCUUGGUGCCACCACGCCGAAUAUCUUGCUGGACACUACAUUCUUCAGGCUGCGUCCUCAUUUUUGCCCGUCAUGGCUUUAGGUCCACAAGAAGGUGAGCGAGUGCUGGAUAUGGCCUCUGCUCCUGGUGGUAAAACUACGCAUAUGGCUGCUAUGAUGAAGAACACUGGUUGCAUAUUUGCCAACGAUCCGAGCAAGUCUCGUUCGAAGGGUCUAAUUGGUAACAUCCAUCGUCUUGGUUGUCGCAACGUGAUUGUCUGCAACCAUGAUGCCCGAGAGUUCCCGAAGGUAAUUGGUGGCUUCGACAGAGUACUUCUUGAUGCUCCUUGUUCAGGUACAGGAGUUAUCGCCAAGGAUGCCUCGGUCAAGACGAACAAGGAUGAGAAAGAUUUCAUGGUCUUACCCCACACCCAGAAGCAGUUAUUGCUAGCUGCAAUUGACUCGGUCAACCACGCAAGUAAAACUGGUGGUUAUUUAGUCUACUCUACAUGUUCAGUCACUGUCGAGGAGAAUGAGCAAGUAGUCCAAUAUGCGCUCAACAAGCGACCUAACGUCAAGUUGGUCUCCACCGAACUCCCCUUCGGCAAAGAAGGUUUCACCAACUACAUGGGCAAGAGUUUCGACCCUAGUCUACGACUAACGCGGAGAUACUACCCGCACACAUACAACGUAGACGGUUUCUUUGUCGCCAAGUUCCAGAAGGUUGGCCCGACACCCGCCAACCUCGUUAAAGACAAGUCUACUCAAGGUACCUCAGCACCGCGCGCCGAGGAAGAGGUCAUCGACAAGACGCCCAUCACAGAUGACAAUGUGUCUGGACAAGAUGAUGAGUUCGGUGGUUUCGAUGAAGAGGAAGAUGAGAAGUACAUGGAGAGGGCGAGGCGCAACGCUAUGAGGAAACGUGGUCUUGACCCCAAGGCGUUGAAUAAGCCAAGCGCGAACGGUAAUGCGGAGGAGAAGAGCGAGGCUAAGAGCGAGGAGAAGAGCAAGACUAAGAGUGAUGAAAAGAGCGAAAAGGGUGAAAAGAAUAAGGAGAAGAGCAAGAGUAAGACUGCGACCAAGAGUGAAGGCAAGACGAAGAGCAAAAAGAAGACGUAG